AUGUCGCCGCCCCCCUCCGACGGCCCCAAGCCGAACUUCGUGUCGAACCUCGCCGCGAGCGCGUUCGCGUCGUGCUUCGCGGAGGCGUGCACGAUCCCGCUCGACACCGCGAAGGUGCGGCUGCAGCUCCAGGGCGCCGCCGCCGCGGGGACGACGCCGCGAUACAGAGGCAUGCUCGGGACGAUCGCGACCGUCGCGCGCGAGGAGGGCGCGGGCGCGCUGUGGAAGGGGAUAACCCCGGGGUUGCAUCGGCAGAUUUUGUUCGGCGGGCUGAGGAUCGGUCUGUACGACCCGGUGAAGAACUUCUACGUCGGGAAGGACCACGUGGGCGACGUCCCGCUGCACUUAAAAAUCGCAGCCGGGAUGACGACCGGCGCGCUCGGCAUCUGCGUCGCGUCGCCCACGGACCUCGUGAAGGUGCGCCUGCAAGCCGAGGGGCGGCUUCCCGCGGGCGCCGCGCGCCGGUACCCGUCCGCGGUGGCAGCGUACGGGAUCAUCGCGAAACAGGAGGGCAUCGCCGCGCUGUGGACGGGACUGACGCCGAACGUCGCUCGCAGCGCGGUGAUCAACGCCGCGGAGUUGGCGUCGUACGACCAGGUGAAGGAAGUGUUGAUGGGGUCGUUCGGGAUGGAGGACGGCGUGCCGUUGCAUCUCAUCUCCGGGUUGGGCGCCGGGUUCGUCGCGGUGUGCGUCGGGUCGCCGGUGGACGUCGUGAAGUCGCGCAUCAUGGGCGACAGCGCGGGGGUGUACAAGGGGUUCAUCGAUUGCGUCGUGAAGACCGCGAGUAAGGACGGCGUCGGGGCGUUUUACAAGGGGUUCGUGCCGAACUUCGGGAGGCUGGGGAGCUGGAACGUCGUCAUGUUUCUCACGCUGGAGCAGACGAAAAAGGCGAUGCGCGAAAACGGGUUGAUGUGA